GAGAGAGCGGCAAGGUCACCCGCGUCCAAGCUGUAAUCGGUGGAGGGCAAGAGACAGUGAAUUCACGAGACUGGGACGACGCGCCUUUAAGAAGGUGCUCCCUCUCUUCGACUUCCUUCCCCCUCCUCCUAGUUCCUCUGCAUCCGAGGUAAAAAUCCCACCUUUUUUGCUCUCUCCCUCGGUCGCAUUGCCGUCGUAAGCCUCGGCUCCGGCCCCGAACCGCUUGGAUCCGUCGAGGAAUUGGGUCCCCGACGCCGGAUAUAUAGGAAAGGUGGGAUCUUCACCGCAUUCGGAAAAGGCUAGACGUAAUGGCGCCGUCGUUCGGGUGGUGGGAUAGGGAGGCCCACCGGGGAACGCCGGUAAUCGUCAAGAUGGAGAACCCCAACUGGUCCAUCGCGGAGAUAUCGUCUCCUGAUGACGAUGAGUACGGCGCCGGCGAGGAGUUCGCGGUACCCGGGGGAGGGGCACGGAAGGGGGCCCGGGGAAAGAACGCUAAGCAGAUCACCUGGGUGCUCCUCCUGAAGGCGCACCGCGCCGCCGGUUGCCUCACCUACCUCGCCUCCGCCGCCGUCGGCCUCGCGUCCGCCGUGCGCCGCCGCGUCGUGUCCGGGAGGACGGACUCCGACGCCGCGUCCUCCUUGCCGGAGGAGAGCCCCGUGCUGCGCUCGCGGUUCUACUCCUGCAUCAAGGUCUUCCUCUGGCUAUCCGUCGUUCUACUCGGGUUCGAGUUCGCCGCGUACUUGAAAGGCUGGCAUUUGAGCGCCGUGGAGAUGCACCGGUUGGUUCUGCCUUCGUCCCUUGGAGUCCGGGGGCUCUUAGAGUCGCUGUACACCGGAUGGGUGCGGUUCCGGGUGGAGUACAUCGCACCGCCGCUUCAGUUCCUCACGGACGCCUGCGUCAUCCUCUUCCUCAUCCAGAGUGCCGAUCGCCUCAUCCUCUGCCUCGGCUGCUUCUGGAUCCGCUUCAAAGGGAUCGAGCCCCUGCCGAAGCGCUCCAUUGGAGCCUCCGAGGACCCCGAAUCCGGUGGCGACGACUACCCCAUGGUUCUAGUCCAGAUUCCUAUGUGCAAUGAGAAAGAGGUAUACCAGCAAUCGAUAGCUGCGGUGUGUAAUUUGGAUUGGCCAAGGUCCAACAUUCUGAUUCAGGUGUUAGAUGAUUCCGACGAUCCCACGACGCAGGCAUUGAUAAAAGAGGAGGUGGAGAAGUGGCAGCAGAAUGGCGCCCACAUUGUAUACCGACACCGGGUCAUUCGAGAUGGUUACAAGGCAGGAAACCUCAAGUCAGCAAUGAAUUGUAGCUACGUCAAGGACUAUGAGCUUGUUGCCAUCUUCGACGCCGAUUUCCAGCCCACACCGGACUUCUUGAAACGGACCGUGCCACAUUUCAAGGACAAUGAGGAGUUGGGAUUGGUGCAGGCAAGAUGGUCUUUCGUGAACAAAGAUGAGAAUUUGCUGACCCGGUUGCAGAACAUUAAUCUGUGCUUCCACUUUGAGGUGGAACAGCAGGUGAACGGGGUGUUCAUCAACUUUUUUGGGUUCAAUGGCACCGCAGGUGUCUGGAGGAUUAAGGCACUCGAGGAUGCAGGAGGUUGGCUGGAGAGGACCACGGUUGAGGACAUGGACAUUGCCGUUCGUGCUCAUCUAAAAGGAUGGAAGUUCAUCUACCUCAAUGAUGUGGAGUGUCAAUGUGAAUUGCCAGAGUCAUACGAAGCUUACAGAAAGCAGCAGCAUCGGUGGCACUCUGGCCCUAUGCAGUUGUUUAGGCUUUGCUUGCCAGAUAUCAUCAGAUCUAAGAUUGGGUUCUGGAAGAAGUCCAACUUGAUAUUUCUGUUCUUCCUCCUCCGGAAACUCAUAUUACCUUUCUAUUCCUUCACACUGUUCUGCAUCAUCCUCCCACUGACUAUGUUUGUUCCUGAAGCCGAGCUCCCUGCAUGGGUAGUCUGUUACAUUCCUGCAGCCAUGUCCUUCCUCAACAUUCUGCCAGCCCUAAGAUCCUUCCCAUUUAUCGUCCCAUACCUUCUCUUUGAGAACACAAUGUCGGUGACCAAGUUCAACGCGAUGAUCUCAGGUCUCUUUCAGCUUGGAAGUGCCUACGAGUGGGUUGUCACUAAGAAGUCUGGCCGUUCCUCUGAGGGUGAUCGUAUUUCUCUAAUGAAGAAGGAGCCCAAACAGCAGCGAGGUGCCUCUGCACCCAAUCUUGAUGCCAUUGCAAAAGAUGAACUCGAACCAAAAAAGGAGUCAAAGAAGAAGCACAACAGGAUUUAUCGGAAGGAGCUAGUACUUGCAUUCCUUCUGUUAACUGCUUCAGCUCGUAGCUUGUUAUCGGCCCAGGGUAUCCAUUUCUACUUCCUCCUCUUCCAGGGGAUCUCAUUUCUAUUAGUGGGCCUUGAUCUGAUAGGUGAGCAGAUUGAUUGAACUUGAAAGACUAGUUCAAAACAGUGUUACCAGCAUAGACAGUCAUCAUGGACAGUGCAUAGUAUCGAAGAGUAUCCUUGUUUGGGGAAGGACACAAAAACUAAUGCCCCUCCCGAAAUCUUUUCCUUCCCUUCCCUUUGUGGAGAGAUUCAAGUAAAGUUUCCUCUCCAUGGAGAUGUAGAUAGACCCACUCUCAGACUGCCGGAUGCUUUUUAUUCUUUCAGGUAUCAUUCUUUUGUAAGAAAGGUUUGACGUUCAGAGGGGAGUUUCCUUAUAGCUAGACAAUUUUAGUCUCUGUUUGAAGCUGGUAGAUAGUGGAAUAAGCUUAGGUGAAUCACUACACUGCGAAUCCCCAAACAAGUGCAUAGCCUUCCAAUGAGAAUGCCAGAAGACUUCAAGAUUACUCUAUACACGAAAACGCGAUAUUCAUCGGAAGUGAAAAUUAGGUUUCUCUUCUUGUUUUCCUAGGGUUGUGGUGUCUCAGGUGUACUUGUUUUUUCUUCAUUUUAACAUGGCAACUCAUUCCCAAUGUGAAAUGGAACCUUUUGAUUUCCA